UUGCUUUUGGCUCUGGUGGUGCUGAGCUGCUGGUGUCGCUGGUCCAGGAGCCUCAACUUGCUCUUAAAGUCCCGCAGUGUCAGCAAAAGCGAAACGUCAAAUCCUCCAGGUAUCCUUUAUUGCUCUAUGGGCGUGUUGGAGGAGAGGCUUUCUGGGGGAGUUUCUCGGCGCGCCAACGCAGUCGCAGCCUUGUUCUGGAGAGGUCCAGACGCUCCGAUCCACUCUCUCCCUGAAGGAGCGCCCCCUGCUGGCCGACAGGACAACAACAGCCUGGAUCCACCCAGAAAGAAGAAUGCAGCCGGGGAUCAAGGCAAAAACAAAGGGGGGAGGAAGAAGAAGAGGGAGUACGUACCCCAGAGACGGUCUGGAGGCUACGCUGUUCUGCUCACACUUUACAGAGUGUCUCAGAUCCCAGGCAGCAAAGGCUACAUGUUUAAGAUGGAGCUCCAAGCAGAAGCUCAGCAGCUCUGCGAUAAGUCCUUCUCUGUGCCAGAUCUGGGCAGUAAGUACACGGCCUGGUCUUCAGUGAGCACUCUGAUCCAGAAGAACCUGGUGAUGAAGACUCACAACCCUGCAAGGUAUUCUCUGACAGAAGAGGGUCUGGCUUUAGGGGAGUGCCUUGAGUCUUUAGAGGGAACUAAAGGUCUUGAAGGAGACAGAGAGGAGGCCAGGAGUGAAGGAAACGAGCAGGAGGAGGGAGAAGAAGAAGGUGGCCCGGGGAUUGUGGACCUCACUGUUAGUGAUGAUGACGAAGAGGAGAAGGAAGAGGAGAGAAUACAACCUACAGAGAGGCCGACCUCCUCUGCUUCCCAGCCGAGGGUUCUCGUUCCUGGGAUGUUCUUUUCAGGGAAACCCCGAAAUGUACCGAGCAGAAAGCCAAAGUCCUGGAGUCUCCUUCCCGGCUCCUACGAGAUCAUCCUCUGUGUGGACUUCAUUGAGACAACGGGCGGAAGCAAAAACUGCAAGAAGGAUCUGGUCAAAGAGCUGCAGAGGAACGGAGUGACGUUCGAUGUGAGGAAGCUCAACGUGGGAGAUUUCCUGUGGGUCGCUCGGGAAAAGGUUGCGCCUAUUCCAGGUCAGUUGCGGACCCCCGUUGGCCGUGAGCUCGUCCUGGAUUACAUCAUCGAGAGGAAGAGGAUGGACGACCUGUGCGGCAGCAUCAUCGACGGGCGCUUCAGGGAACAGAAGUUCCGUCUGAAGCGCUGUGGUCUGCGUAACCCCUGCUACCUGGUGGAGGAGUGUGGGAAGGCUGCCUCUCACCUGAGUUUACCUGAGUCCACGCUGCAGCAGGCCAUCAUCAACACACAGGUUAUUGAUCGCUUCUUUGUGAAGAGAGUCCAGGAUGUGAGGGAGUCGAUGGCCUACCUCACCGUCAUGACUCGAUACCUUAAUAAACUCUACCAGAACUGUACGCUGACGUGUCGCUCCAGAGAGCUGGAGGGGGAUAGAGAGGAGGAGGAAGAGGAGAGAGGGACCCCCCCCCUGCUCUCUUAUCUCUUUUGCAGAGUUCAACCACGGUGCAAUCAAAAACAAGCUGAACAGUUUCAUGAAGUGUUGGAAGCCGUCCUCUCCGAAGAAGUCGAAGGAGCCCUGGGAGGUGCUCAGGUGGAUCAGCAGGAGCACGAGCAGCACCACGGCCAGCAGAGGGAUCAGCAUGUUCCAGCCGGCCGCCAGGAUGUUGUACCACUUGGCCUUGUCCGAGCACUCCUGGGCCAUCUGCAGGUUGCCCUGAGUCUUCUGGUCCCUGGCCUGCACACACAAAAACACACGCAUCAUUACAUGCAACCACUGGAGUGA